GCGGAAGUGAAGGUGGGAGGAAGAGCUGGAGCAGGAAGCUGAGGGAAUCUCUGUACUGUAUGGGGCGGAUGAUGACAGAAUGACACUAUGGACGGCAGUGGCUUCUCUCUGCUCCCCGACAGCAUCCUCUACCAGAUUUUCCUGAGCCUUGGCCCCGCAGACUUGCUGUCGGCAGGCUUGGUGUGCCGGCGCUGGUACGCCGUGUCCCGAGAUGACUUCCUUUGGAAGGAGCUCUUCUUCAGGUGUUAUGAGGCUCAGCGAGACAUCCCCCGCUGCCCGGGCUCGGACUCGUGGUACGAGGAAUUCCAGCGUCUCUGUGACACGGUGCCCUGCGUGGAGGUCCAGCGUCUGACGGAACACACUGACCAGGUUCUCCAUAUUAGCUUCUCGCACUCCGGGGGUCUCUGUGCCUCCUGCUCCAAGGACUGCACGGUCAAGAUCUGGACCACGACGCACCCCAUCUCGCUCCUUCACAGCGCCAACAUGAGGCCGCAUCACUGGAGCUACACCCAGUUCUCCCAGUUUAAUUCGGAUGACACCCUCCUGCUGGUGUCAGGGGUGUUUGUGGGACCACACAACUCGUCUGCAGGAGAGAUUGCCGUCUUCAGUCUGGAAGACGACUUUAACCUUUUGUCGAGAGUGAGGAAUAAACCCUAUGAUGUUUUCGGCUGCUGGCUUAAUAACACUCACCUCAUCUCUGGGAACUUGCACCGGAUGGGACGGGUCACCUCCUGCUCCGUUCUGUGGCUGAACAAAGCCUUCCAGGAUGUGGAAUCUGAGAACCUCAAUGUGGUGAAGAGACUCUUCAAGAUCCAGAAUCUGAACGCCAGUACCAUACGCAUGGUUAUGGUGGCAGAUUCUCCGGAACUCCUGAUGGACGCUGGAGGAGAGGGGGAAGAGGACUCAAAGUCUCCUCCGGAGCAGCAUGGGGCAGAAGAGGAGGAGGAGGAGAAUGAAGAGGAGGAAGAAAGAGAACGUGCUGAAGAACAUCCACAAAUUGAUGGCGAGUUUCAGGUUUUCAUGGACGAUGAAAUCCGUGGCCCAAGGGAUCCUCCGAGGCCCUCGCUAUCCGUAGAACAGUUUGAAACCAAAGUGGCUCAGUGGUACGCCAGAUACAGGACCAAGCGUCCCGAUAAAAGCCCCCACACCACGGAGGGGAGCCACACCAAGAAAUACCUCAUCUUCACCACCGGCUGUCUCACCUACUCUCCCCACCAAAUAGGGAUCAAGCGGCUCCUCCCACAUCAGAUGACCACAGAGGGCCCCGUGCUGGGGGAGGAGCGGGGCCCCAAUGAGUUCUUUGAUUCUUUGGAUCAUGUCAUCAACAUCCACGGUCACAUUAUCGGCAUGGGCUUGUCCCCGGACCACAGGUACCUGUAUGUAAACAGUCGUUCCUGGCCGCGUGACUGUGUCAUCUCAGACCCCAUGUGCCCACCUCCCAUCGCUGAGGAGAUAGAAUUGCGUGGCUUCGACCUGAAGACCCUGCGGGAAGUCAAAGCCCCUUUAAGAGCCCACCGUGCCUACACUCCCAACAAUGAGUGCUUCUUCAUCUUCCUGGACGUCAGCCGGGACUUUGUGGCCAGUGGAGCGGAGGAUCGCUGUGGGUACAUCUGGGACCGCCAUUACAGCGCGUGCCUGACCACGCUGCCCCAUGAUGAUGUAGUGAACUCUGUGGCUUUCUGCCCCGUGGAUCAGGAGCUGCUCCUGAGCGCCAGUGACGACUUCACCAUCAAGGUUUGGCGUUCCCGGCGCUGCUUGCGCGGCUCUGCUGAUCACCUCGCCUCCUGUUCACGAAGGUCGACUUCACCUCGGGCCUCCAGACACAAGAGCUGAGAGCCCACGUGGCAACCUACACCAAGCUUGUGUCCGAGCCCCAUCCGCAUCCGUCCUCCGACCACCGCUUGUAGCAUUCGGCUUCUGUUUUGUGUCCAAUGUCGCAGCAGCCAGGAGGUUUCCCGGGGGGGGGUCGGGGUGAUUGCCUCUGGGGCAUCUUCACCUCCCUGCCGUAGAACAUGAGGAGAGUCUCCAAGGUUUCGGGAGAACGUGUUGCGUCUGAGUGUGUCCCUGAGCUUGUUACACACGCCGCGGACAAACGGCCGGUAAUAUUUCAUUAGGUGUGGAAUUUGUUUGUUUUAGCGGCGAUUUUUGAUGUGUUUUUAAGUUUUUGGUCCGUUUGAGUGUUUUUUGUUGCCGCAGGAGCCGGGAACGCUUUUGUAAGUGUUUUAGGGUUCAUGUUGUACCCGUGUGAGGUCGGCUGAGGAGUCUCCGGUGGAGGGUGAGAUCGGGGUUAAUGCUUCCAUCGCAGGUGGCGUCCGUGUUACAGAUUCACAUUACGUGUUCGCUGAGCUCCAUUACUCCGGAUCCUCAGGCAAAUAAACCAGAAAUUGAAACCAAA